AUGCAGGAAUUGAUGAUACAGCAAAAGAAGGCUGACAUGGAACUACAAAUGGAAAUCAAUGCUGCGGAAGCAGCGAGGCAAAUAUACGAAGAAGAAGGUUCAGAAACAAAUCAGCAAAUGCAAGAUCUAAACCCUCCUCAACUAGUCGGAAACUCAUAUGAGACUCCACAUCAGUCAGUUCCAUAUGCUAUUGAAAGAGAACCAGAACUCACCAGCAGUAGCAAUCCAAUGUUUUGGCGGCUAGCCGAGAAACCACCAGCUCAAAUAUUUCAACCCUUCGACCUAGAUGCUCCACAAUGGAGAACGCAACCAUCAAUGCAGCAGAAUGCAAUGGAGCUAUUAGCAUCAAAGAUGAUGGAAGCUCAGGAUCGACAAAGUAAUGCUCUGCUAAAAACUGUACAGCAACAACAAAGUAGUGUGACAGCUCUCACACUACCAAACCCAUCGAUGAAGGUUUACAGUGGUAACCCAGUCGAUUACUGUGAGUUUGUCACAGCAUUCCGACAUUUAGUCGAAAAUAAAACGACUAAUCAAAGUGCAAGAUUGCAUUAUCUAAUUCAAUACACUUCGGGUACAGUUCAAGAACUGAUGCGAAGUUGCUUAUCUAUGAGUGAUGAAAGAGGGUAUCUAGAAGCUCGACGUCUACUGCAAGAAAGGUAUGGUCAACCACACAAGGUAGCUGCCGCCCAUCUACAACGCCUGCUGGAUUGGCCAAUAAUUAAACCUGAAGAUGGCCCAGCACUGCAAAGAUUUUCUACACAAUUAACUAGCUGCACCAACACCCUAGAAGAAAUUGGAUAUCUUGGGAAACUGGAUAACCCAGAGAAUCUUCGGAAAAUUAUUGAACGUCUUCCGUACCGACUAAGAGUGAAAUGGCGAGAGAUAGUGGAUACCAUAAUCGAAAGGGAAAAGAGAGACGUUACAAUAAAAGACAUCACAAAGUUGGUCACAGAUAAGGCGAGGUUGGCAACUCAUCCAGUCUUUGGAAAAUUAAGUGAUCCAAUACCAAAAUCAACAACUAAUGUCUCAAGGCCUAAACAACCGAGUCACAAACAAAGCCAUAGUUAUGCUAUCCAAGGGCAAUCCGAUAAUGAGAAACUUAAGUGUGUUUUACGUGGUGAAGAGCAUUGGUUAUCAAGAUGCGAGGCUUUUAAACGAAUGACGCUCAACGAAAGAUGGAAAAUUGUCAAGGAGAAAAAGAUCUGCAACAACUGUUUAACCAUUGGCCAUUUUGUACGAUUAUGUCCAAAGGAAAGCUUUUGUAAAAUAGAUGGAUGCAAGACCAAACAUUCAACAUUUCUGCACCCGAAAGAACAACAGGCAAACAGUGCUGGCAUCAUUGUCCAUAAAGAACCCAAACAUCAACCACAUAAAGAGAUCACAGAUGUGAAUAAAGUCAGCAUGACGGCAACACGAAACACUUCAGCUGUUACUGGACUUGCUGCACUACCGGUACGAGUUAAGGCUGCAGGAAGUUCCAGAGUAGUAGAAACAUAUGCCUUUCUCGACAAUGGGUCGAAUACUACCUUCUGCACCAACAGUCUGCUAAAGCAACUUGGAGUAAAGACCGACAAGAUAAACUUGUCAUCAACAACAAUCAAUGGAGUCAAUCGACCAGUCAAGUGUGAACUUGCAAGUUUGGAAAUCUUCGACCUAGAUCAUCAAAAUUCAGUGAAGUUACCAACUGUCUACUCAAUACAAUCUCUACCAAUUUCAAUGAAUACAGUUGCUACUUCUGAAGAUGUUAAUCGAUGGCCUCACUUGAAUGGAAUUGAAGUACAGAAAAUCAAUGCAGACAUUGGUAUUCUCAUAGGAAGUGAUGUGCCAGAAUUGCUAUAG